AUGGCAAAAGCAAUGCUUCAUGAUAAAGGACUGCCUUACUCCCUGUGGGCAGAAGCUGUGCACACAAUUGUCUACUUACUAAAUAGGUGUCCAAAUAGAGCACUUGGAGAUAAAACUCCAUUUGAGGCAUAUAGUGGGAGAAAACCAGGACUUGCACAUCUUAAAAUAUUUGGCUGUGUGUGCUAUGUACACAUACCAAGUGAAGUGAGACAGAAAUUAGAUGCAAAAAGCACCAAGGGUAAUUCUAAUUAA